UUACUCCAACCUCAACCAAAGGGAGCUCGGCAGACUACCUCGGGUGCAGCUACAUCAUGGACUACGAGGCUUUAAAGGAGCAAUGGAGUGAGGUGGAGGAUCGCGAUGGUGUUCGAUUGAGCUGGAAUGUUUUUCCGAGCUCUCGUGUGGAAGCCUCCCGCCUUGUCGUUCCUAUCGGCGCUCUCUACACGCCACUGAAGGAGAAACCAGAUACCCCUCUGCUCCAGUUCGAGCCUGUGACCUGCAAGCAGCCCUGCCGUUCUGUCCUGAACCCCUUCUGUCAAGUUGAUGUCCGGGCACGCCUCUGGAUCUGCCCAUUUUGUCUCUCGAGGAACCCUCUGCCACCUCAUUAUAAGGACAUUACCCCCAAUGCCAUACCCCCAGAGCUACACCCGUCAAAUACAACGAUCGAGUAUAGGCUCUCGCGACCAGCGCCUAGUCCGCCGAUCUUCCUCUACGUUGUUGACGCAUGCCAGGAGGAGGACAGUCUCUCGGCCCUGAAAGAAUCUCUUAUCAUGAGUCUGAGCCUCCUCCCUGAGAAUGCGUUAGUCGGACUGAUCACCUACGGCACAAUGGCCCAAGUCCACGAGAUCGGAUAUACCGAAUGCGCCAAGUCUUACGUCUUUCGUGGUAGCAAAGAUUACUCUGCCAAGCAGGUGCAGGAGAUGUUGGGUCUACUCGCUCCAGCCCUGCGCCCCGGAAUGCCGCAACAACAACCUGGCCGACCUGUGCUACCUAUGGGACCUGCAACUCGGUUCCUACUACCUGUUCAGCAGUGCGAAUUCCAACUAACCAAGAUUCUCGAGCAGCUGCAGAAGGACCCGUGGCCUGUUGCGAGUGACCGCAGAAAUCUCCGUUGCUCUGGUGUUGCGCUUAGUGUCGCUGUCGGCCUGCUUGAAUCGUCUUUUCAAAAUGCCGGCGGUAGGAUCAUGUUAUUUGCAGGAGGCCCCGCGACUGAGGGCCCUGGAAUGGUCGUCGGACCGGAACUGAGGGAACCCAUCCGCUCUCAUCAUGAUAUCGAUCGUGACAACAUCAAGUACUAUAAAAAGGCAUUGAAGUUCUACGACAAUCUUGCGAAGCGCACGGCCCAUAACGGUCAUAUAAUAGACAUAUUUGCCGGGUGUCUCGAUCAGGUAGGGUUGCUCGAGAUGAAAGGACUAUGCAACUCCACUGGUGGUCACAUGAUUCUGACCGACAGCUUUACCUCGUCCAUGUUCAAGCAAUCAUUCAUUCGUGUCUUUGAAAAAGAUGGCGAUGACAAUUUGCUAAUGGGGUUUAACGCCGUCCUCGAGGUUCUGACAACCAAAGAGCUGAAGGUGACUGGACUCAUCGGGCAUGCCGUCUCGUUGAAUAAGAAAUCGACAUCAGUUGGAGAGACGGAAUGUGGCAUCGGCAAUACAUGCUCAUGGAAGAUGUGUGGCAUUGACCCCAACGCAAGUUACGGUAUCUAUUUCGAGAUCGCGAGCCAAGGUGGCCCCACACAGCACCAGCAGGGCCAGCAGAAAGGCAUGAUGCAGUUUUUGACAUACUAUCAACAUUCCUCUGGGCAAUUCCACCUACGGGUGACUACUAUCGCUAGAAAUUUGAGCGGUCCAGCAGGCGACCCGGCUGUUGCCCAAUCCUUUGACCAAGAAGCUGCCGCCGUACUAAUGUCAAGAAUUGCCGUUUUCAAAGCGGAGGUUGAUGAUGGUCCCGAUGUUCUUCGAUGGGUAGACCGUAUGCUCAUUCGAUUAUGCUCUCGUUUUGCCGACUACAGGAAGGAUGAUCCUUCUUCGUUCAGGCUGGAGAAGAACUUUACUCUAUAUCCCCAGUUUAUGUUCCAUCUCCGGCGAAGCCAGUUCCUCCAGGUCUUCAAUAAUUCGCCUGACGAAACAGCUUUUUACCGGCAUGUACUGAAUCAUGAGGAUGUCAGCAAUUCUCUCGUGAUGAUACAACCGACUCUCGACUCGUACACUUUCGACCAGGAUGGUGGUCAGCCAGUACUGCUAGAUUCUACUUCCAUUCAGGCCACGCACAUCCUGUUACUGGAUACCUUCUUCCACAUCCUCAUAUUUCACGGAGAAACCAUUGCUGAAUGGAAAAAAGCUGGUUACCAAGAUCAGGAAGGCUAUGAGAAUUUUGCAGCCCUUCUUGAACAACCAAAAGAAGAUGCUAGAGACCUUAUUGCUGACCGUUUCCCGCUCCCUCGUUUCAUCGUCUGCGAUGCUGGUGGCUCGCAGGCCCGCUUUCUGCUCUCCAAGCUUAACCCAUCCACAACACACACCUCGGGGGCUUAUGGUGGUGUCGGUGCGCAGACCGCGCAGACAAUCUUUACAGAUGAUGUAUCACUACAGACUUUCAUGGACCAUUUAAUGAAGUUUGUAAUCUCAUCUCAAAGGCUGGCCGUCAGUGGUACAAACUAG